AUCCAGCAAAGAGACCUACCAAAGCAAAUAUCUUAAAUGCAAUGAAAUGGCUUGUACAUGAUGCUCAGCCGAAUGAUUCCGGACAUGGAGGUCAAGAACCAGAUCAAGAUGGCGACGAAGUGGAUGGAUACGAUGAAACCAUUAUGCCAGUUGACUUUCAAGAAAGAGGACAAAUACUUGAUGAU